AUGACGACUUCGCUGGUUCUGCAUCCACGCUGGGCGGACACCUUGAUGUACGUUUAUGAAAAAAGCCCGAAUGAAAGCAGCCAGAAUAAAAGCCAAACAAUGGAGGGACUGAGCGGUAAUUGUCCUGCGACCCACUGCAGGGACCUGAUGUCGCACCCCGCGCUGGGACGACAUUCUGGCUCCAUAGCGACCCACCAGGGCUCUGUGUACUCGGAUAUUUCCUCUCCUGACAGCGGCCGGCAGUGCCCCGCUCCCCAAACGUCUUCGAGCGCCUCCCUGAGCUACGGCUACCCGUUUGGAAACCCAUAUUACGGCUGUAGAUUAUCUCACUCACACAACGUGAACUUGCAGCAGAAGCCAUGCUCGUACCACCCCGCGGAGAAAUACGCCGAACCCAGCACGGCUAUCCCCACGGAAGAACUGUCUACCAGGGCGAAAGAGUUUGCUUUUUACCCAAGUUUCGCCAGCUCGUACCAAGCCGUUCCCGGAUAUUUAGAUGUAUCGGUGGUACCAGGGAUCAGCGCCCAUCCUGAGCCGCGGCACGACGCUCUGAUCCCCAUGGAGGGCUACCAGCACUGGGCUCUCUCCAACGGCUGGGAUGGACAGGUGUACUGCUCGAAAGAGCAAACACAGUCCACUCAUCUUUGGAAAUCACCCUUCCCAGAUGUCGUUCCCCUGCAGCCCGAGGUCAGCAGUUACCGUCGUGGGCGCAAAAAACGUGUCCCUUACACCAAGAUCCAGCUCAAGGAGCUGGAGAAGGAGUACGCGGCCAGCAAGUUCAUCACAAAAGACAAGAGAAGGCGCAUCUCGGCCGCCACCAACCUAUCGGAGCGCCAGGUCACCAUCUGGUUCCAGAACCGGCGGGUUAAGGAGAAAAAAUUCGUCAGCAAAUCCAAAAGCAAUCACAUCCACACCACUUGA